GAACUUUAUGAAAUAGGCGUGGCUCCGCCGUAACUCCGCUGUGAGGGAACCGACCGCGUACAGUUUGCUUUUAACGGUGGACGGCGUUACGUUUCACGUGCGGCCGCGGUUUCACGGGGGGAAAAAUACGUCGCACAGGUAACGUGUCGUGUGCAGAUAUAGCGUCAUUUCAGCAGCGUCGUUAUCGACCUCUCCCGUUUCUCUCCCCGCUGACGCAAGUAGCUGCACGAUGGAGUCGCCCGUGGUGAACCUGUACAACCAGUUCCAGAGUCUGAGAGCGCAGGUGGACGGUCUCAACGAGGGCAUCGAGCCACAGUUCCUCCAGAUGGCGGUUAACUUCGAGGAGUGCCGUAAGAAGUGGGUGCGGGCGGGCGACGAGCUGGUUUCCUGUAAAGAGGUGCUGGUGAAAGCAGAGACGGAGAGGGGAGCCCUGGAGGUCAAGCUGAAGCACGCCCGCAACCAGGUGGACGUGGAGAUCCGCCGGCGGCAGAAGGCGGAGUCAGUCUACGAGAAGCUGGAGCGCCAGCUGCAGCUGAUCCGGGACCUGCUGAUAUCGGAGAACAGCGGUAACAGUGUCCACCUGAGUGAGGAGCAGCGCUCCGCCCUGGCCUUCCUCAGCGCCCACUCGCAGGCGGCGCAGGCGGCGAAGAGCAACCUCAACACCAGUCGAAGGUUAACUACCAUCGAUGAAUCGGCUUCUCUGCUGUCGGACAUCAGCUACGACCAAACGGACGACUCUCUGGACUGGGACGCCUCCGCCAUGAAGACUGUGCGACUGCGGAAGCGCCAGAAACGACGUUCCUCCAGAAAACUCUCUGAGGUUCCUCCGCAGGCCUUGAAGAAGCCUCGCUCCACUGGACGGCCAGCAGAACGGAUGAAUGAGUCGAUCGUGGCAAAAACCACGAUCACCAUCCCGGGGAAUGGUGGCGCCGUGGAGGCCGUCUCCACCAUCCAAACGCUUCCUUACUGGACAGACAGACAGAGCGUUGCUCCAGCAUGGGGUGAUACAACCACCACCGACCAGUCUGAGACCGCAAGGGAGGCCCCAAGCACAACGGUCUCCGCCUCCCCAGCCCAGCCCCGAACCCCCAGACCCAACGCAGGAGGAAAGAAGCACCAGUUCACCCCCAAAACGGUGAUCCGGUCUGAGUUCUGUGCACCGUGUGGAAGAAGAACAAAGUUUGGCAAGAUGUACCUGCGCUGCCAGGACUGUAAGGUCGUGACCCACCCAGAGUGCCGUGACUACUGCCCGCUGCCCUGCAAUCCGCUCGCCGUUAACACUCCCGUCGCCAACACAGAGAGCACCUUGGCUGACUUUGCUCCAGUCACCUCCCCAAAGAUCCCAGUGUUGGUUCUCUACUGCAUUAAGGAGAUUGAACACAGAGGCCUGCAUGAGGUCGGCCUGUACAGAGUCUCCGGCCAGGAGCGCGUGGUCAAAGAGCUGAAGGAGAAGCUGAUCAGAGGAAAGAUCGUGCCGCCACUCCACAAAGUGGACGACAUUAACGUCGUCGCCGGAGCCCUCAAAGACUUCCUCAGAAACCUCCCCGAGCCGCUGCUCACCUUCCAUCUCAACAGAGUGUUCAUGGAGGCAGCCGAAAUCCAGGAUGAUGGCAACAGCCUCGCCGUCCUGUAUCAGACCAUCAGCGAGCUGCCUCAACCCAACCGGGACACUCUGGCCUGCCUCAUGAUCCACCUGCAGAAGGUCUCCCAGUGCGUGGAUACCAAGAUGGAUGUGCACAACCUGGCCAGGGUGUUCGGCCCCACUCUUGUGGGUCACGCGGUUCCCGACCCGGACCCCAUGACCAUCCUGCAGGACACCAGCCGACAACCACGGGUUGUGGAGCGCUUGCUUAGUAUUCCAGCAAACUACUGGGACCAGUUUGCUUCUCCAGAGAAUACAGGCAUGGAGGAUGCUCACCACGCAGUGAGCAUAUUGGGACCGGUGACCACUCCAGAGCACCAGAUGAUGGCCAAAACGCCGUCCUCCGGCUCGCUGUCCCAGCGCAUGAAGCAGACCCUCUCCAGCACCACGAUAUUUGGGAGCAAGAGCAAAGCAUCCGCGGCGUCUAACCGACCGGGAAACUUCUUUGCCUCUCCGCAGCUGAAGUAACGGUAACAUAAAAGAAAAGAGCCCAUUUUGUAUUUCUGGGUUACUUAACUGCAAUAACUGAAGAUAUAAUCAUGUGGACAAACUACUGUACAAUUUGAGUGUGUAACAAUUUUAUUACUGAUUUCUUUUCUUUUUUUUAUUCAAGUGUUUUAUACAAGACUUUCUAACCUGAUUUUUCUUUUUCUUUUUAAAGAUUACUACACGUUUGUUUUUAUAUCUUUUGAUUUACUAAAUGAUUUAUUGUUGACCGCCACUGUGGCGACGCCUAUGUGAUUGUCGGAGGUUUGAAGGCUUUGACGAUGCAACCGCUAACUAUUGAAGGAUUAUACGCUCCGUUUUGAACUGUGGUUGUGACCGCAGCGACGGGGGGGAAUCGAACACGCGUGCAAUACACAGCUGCAUUGUACAAAGAGAAAAGAAAUUGCAUUAUGGGCCAGUGUCUCUCGGUUGCCUCGUCAUCGUCCUGAAACUGACAGAUUUGUUGAUUUUUAACAUUUUGUUUUAUAUUUAUGUUGCUGGUGCGCUACGACGUAUAUGAAUCACGACAAUUUCUAUACUUUAACGAUAAUGUGACGCAAACACUGAUACAGAAUGGGAACCAUGUUGCACUUUGCACUGUGACACGUCGCCCUGUGAAUACACGCCACUAGAGGGUGCUGUUGCGCCACCUUUUUUGAUAUGCAAGCCAUAACCAAUGAAGAUGAUCUACUGCAUAUGAUGCACACAACCAGUGAGCAUUACUCACGCUCAUUACAAUCAGCAGAGCAGUGGAGAUGCUGUGAGUUAUUCCUUCAUCACGAGGACAGAGCAGCGACGAUGAAUCUCCAUCACGAGGUCGUCUCAAAAUACAAUCUGGAGCUUCGUUAAUUUAGGAAUGCAACUGAUUUGCAUGCACACCCACUAUUUUAAAUAUAGAUAUAUUUCCAUGUUAACAUUCUUGCACAGUUACGUCACCAGCAAUGCACAAGAAGAGUAACGUUUUUCCAGAAGCUACUUGUUACUGGUACAAAGUUUAGUUAUUUAGACAAGAAAUAUUUAUGUUGACAAAAACUGAUUUAAUAGUAUCGAGUCAUUAAAACCACACUAACCAUGUUUUGCCUGGCGAUAUUAUAAUAAAAAAAGAAAUGCAUCUAUUGAUACUGUGGGACACAAGUAGAACUACGGUUUCUUUACAUUCUUGUACAUUUAUUCCAUGUUAUGGUUCUAUUUCUAUAAUGAAUAUGAGUGAAUAUUUCUAACUGUUGUAGUUACCAAAGAUUGCAUUGAAUGUGAACCUUCAUUUCUUUGUCUCGGCUCCAAUAAGAUCACACUGGAGUCCACGAGCUAAAAAUAAAUCCUCUAAGACUGG